AGUUUGUUGACUGUCUCUGACAGGACAGUGUUUUUUAUUAGUGAUUACAGAUAAGUCUGUUGUGAAUGCUUUGCCGGUUUUCACAAAGGGAGGUUGAUAUGACGCAGCGCCGUUGACACAUUGCACAAUUCUCAUUGAAUGUAUAGAAGUACGUUGAGCAAUAGAAGUAUGUAUUUGCUAUUAUACCUUAAACAUAAUAUAGAGUUGCCAUGGCAUCAUUAGAGUCUGAAGAUGUUUUUCCCAUACAGUUUCUUCCCAUUGAGUUGAUAGAAACUGUAGCAGUAUUUCUGACACCUAAGGACCUGGCAGCUUGCUGUGCCGUCAGUCACAGGAUGAGGGAAGUGUUUGGUGAGGACAUGUUGUGGAAAAGACAUUGUAACCAGGAGCUAGCGGAGUAUCUAAAGAUCACCCCAUGCAAGUUGGAAUCACGAUUUGUAAGCCCAGAGGACGAGAACAGUACAUUGAGUCCCAUUUCAUAUUGGAGAAUGGCCUUCAUGAGGGAGAAUCAUCUUUGGAACAAUUGGAGGCAAGGCAAAAGCAAAACUGAGCAAAUAAUAAACCAACGCUCUGUAGCUUCACCAUAUUAUGAUGACUCGAUCUGUCACAUAUUUCAUACAAGUGAUGUAAUUCUUGGUUUCUUCAGAGAUAGAAUUGAACUUCUGGAUGUGAGGGAAUUCCCAGCAGCUGAUGCAACUCACCCAAUUCGCCUUCAUUCAAACUUUUCUCAAGAAACACAACUGAAAAGUGGUAAUAACAUGAUACUUACCCUCCGGGAGACACGGAUUCAGGUACAUGAAGUGAAUUUAAGUUUGAAAGUUUGUUCCUUAAAACAUGAAUUUUUCUUUGAAAAUUCAGAAAAACUAUGUAAUGGUGAAAAGUUCAGACCAAACUCGUCCAGAAAGUGCCUUUAUGCAAUGGUGGGAGUGUUCUUUAUUGGUGUGAUCAAAGGUGAAUCAACAAUGCAUAUAUGGAAUUUAGAGACUGGAGAAAAAUUGAAAGAAGAAUUCUGUCCGUUGGUUAGGAGUUGUCAAAUUAUGGAAAUUAAAACUUCUGACACAAAGAAUUUGGUGUUAUCUGUCAAAGCAGGUAGUAAAGAUGUGAUAAUUUUGGCUUACAGUUUAACCACUCUGACUUAUUUAACUUUCAAAGAAACUUACAAAAACAAUGUUGCUUUUUAUGUCAGUGAAAAUUAUGUUGGAAUUCACAACAGAGGCCUUUUAGAUGUCUACAACUAUGAAACCACAGACCUGCUACUGAAAGACCAAUCAAUAAGUUCACAUCCUCAGUUUCUACACAGCAACUUUGUGUUCAUCGAUAAUGAGACUUUAAAAUUGUUCAAUCCAAAGACUCGAGUCCUCGAAUCUACCCCUAUCACAGGAAUCAACUGGUUCGAGAUUAUGUGUAGUAAAUUUAUUCAGGUGAAACGAAACUGGAAAAAUGAAAUUUGGGAGAUCAGUGGAAUUUUUGAGAGAACGAAGAAAAUAGCAAUGGAUUUAUGGUUUGACUCUUGUGCCUUUUAUCUGAACAAGACUCGUACAAGAUAUAUUGUCCGAUCUGGAGUUGGUUCUGUGAUUCAUUUUUGGUGAAAUGGAUCAAAUCAGUAAUAUCUGUGAACAGAUAUAUAAAGUUGCAUUGGUACAUAGUUUCUUAAAAAGGGUAAGUUGCAUUUUACUUUCAUAGAAAAUUCAGGAAUGUAAAAAAAAACUGGUGUUAAUCUCACUUUGCUUGUUAUUAUAUUUCCUCAUUAUUCCUUAUGAAUUUAUGGGUAAAUUUUUUGCUAAAUCUUAAGUACUGUUGUAUGGUUCAUUUGAUGAAUGUAUUGCAUUAUUUUUGUAAUCACAAUUAGAAUUAAAAUUUUUAUUAUUUUUUCAGUACAUCAUAAUAAUCUUACCAAUUAACGUGAUUUUCUGAAUGUCCAUUCCAUUAAAUUCAUAACUGCUUAUUUGGCUUCAUCCUCCCAGAGGAAUUUUGUGAAACACCAGCUCUUUUGAAGGGAUGGCAAGUUACCGAACACAUUUCUGUGCUUAGUGGAAGUUUCACUUGGAUUACAAUAAGAACAUUUUAGCUUUAAAUAAUUGUCAAUUUAUUAUUAUUCUACUGUGCUUACAAUAAAAAGCAGAUAACCAUUUA